AUGCUGGUCAAAGGACAACUCACUCAGGACAGAAUACCAUGUAACAAUAUCCAGGUGAAACUGAGGCGAGCCGUGUUCACGACUAGCUGCCGCAGCUUCUUUGGUUUCGUCAAUAUAAACCUCAUUCAUCAAUCGGAAUCAUACUCUUCGUCAUCAUCUUCGUCCCCAAAGUCGUCUGGAUCCAGCUGUGAACGCUCUUCCGUGUCAUUGCAGUCUUCCACUGAGAGGUGGACGUUUCGUGGUGAACUGCACACCUUGCUAGAACUGCUGGUGCUGGGCUGGCGACUUCGCAUGCAGGCUGGUGGUGAAUAUCGACCGCGCUUUUCUGGGGCGCUAUCAGCCGUCGAAGGACAUAUUUUCGAGUAUGUGAUCUUGCGUCAUGAUGAUUUGGUCGUGGCUGUGUUGGUGCUGAUGAAAGUCCUCGAUGCUGAACUGAACGGCUGGCACCAAGACUUGCACACGCGAAGUCUCGCGGCUGCGCCGUUCUCUGGCAUUCGGAGAAGACUCUGGUUGAUUGGCCGUGUGGACACACGCGUUGGCUCUGGAUGGCCCUCUGCGACCGUCGACGAGGAGCGCUUGGCGGCUUGCACACUUAGCCCCGCGAUCGGCAAGGAAGCUGCUGGUCGUCUUGCGCCUUCGAGAUACCACGCCUAA